AUUCAGUCGAUAUGAAUUGUCAAGAUGACGCUGAGUUAACUAGAAUUUUAUUCGAUUUAUGUCAACACCAAGAUUUCAGUUCGCAAACUUUAAUGCCUGAUUUUCAAAUGCCAAACAAAAAGCCACUUGCCGUUGAGACUAAACGCCAACAGCAAAACAGACAAACUACGACGGUUAAUAGUACAAAAUUUCGAGAUAUGGAAUCGUGGAAGGAGAGUAAAAGGAUAAAAUAUAGACAAGGUCAAGGCUCUUUUGACCCUUAUUCCAAGAAAAUUGGCCAAGAUUUACUACCAGUCAUUCAUAAAUUGGGUGUUAUCAGGUCGUUAGCAAGAUUGGUUUGGUUUGAGGAUGAAGAUAAGAAAAUAGAACCAAGACGGAUAAAGAAGACCAAAAUGCCUGGUAUAAUUAUUCCAUCAACAAGAAAAAGGGAAGAGAAAACGUUUAAAGUGUCAAAACAAUCUAUUCAAUACAAUUCCUUUGGGAAAAGGUUAUAAAUAUAAUAAACAAAGAAGAAAAAAGACUGUAUUUAUUCAAAACAUGUUGUUUUUUUAAAAAAAAAGGAAAAAAAUGAAGUUUUCAACUGUCUGGUAUCUUUCCUUAACAGAUGUAGAGUUUUCAUAUAAAAUAAAUAAAAAUAUAUAUAUAUAUAUAUAUAUUU